UUGUAGCACCGAGAUGGCCGCAUUGAAAACUUACGGCAAGAAGCCACACGUUUUUCAAAUUCCAGGCAGCGACGAGAAGUACAUGAUAGGAUCGGAAGUGGGCAACUACUUACGCAUGUACCGCGGAUCGCUCUACAAGAAGUUUCCGUCACUGUGGAGGAAAGUGGCGACCCUAGAGGAGAGAAAACACAUCCUAUCACUUGGUCUCGGACACAGCAAUCUUGCCACCAAUGUCACGUUGCUGAGAGCCAGUGAAGUAGAUGAUUUGUUGGAGGGAGGUGAUGAGAAAUACAAAGGUGGAGGUGAGAAGGAAGAAGGUCCUGCUGCUGCUUCGCUUGUGAGGCAGAAUAAACGGACGACUGCGUGGUUGCCGCAGUUGCCUGCCACGUCGCAUCACCUCGAUCCGGUUCCAAGUCGUACGCCGGUCAAUAGAGUGAAAGUCGGGACGAAGAGAUUGAGGAGUCAACCACUACUGUUUGAUGACCAUGAUCCUGGAGUUAUAAGGCAUCAUGGGUCUCAACAUGAGAUUCUUCUACCCAUCAGAAUCGACUUGGACAUAGAAGGACACAAACUACGAGAUGUUUUCACUUGGAACAAAAAUGAAAAGCUGAUACUACCAGAGCAGUUUGCUAAAAUAAUGUGUGACGACCUCGAUGUUCCUUCCCAUAUCUUUGUCCCUGCCAUUGCUGGUGCCAUUCAUCAACAGUGUGAACAACAUUGCGAAGACGAAGUCGUACAUGAUGAAGAUGAUCGUCGUGUCGUCAUCAAACUCAACAUCCAUGUCGGCAACAUGUCGUUAGUCGAUCAGUUUGAGUGGGAUCUCAGUUGCCCGGACAACAACCCUGAAGAAUUUGCUCGAAGUCUUUGCUCUGAUUUAGGGCUCGGUGGCGAGUUUGUGUCUGCAGUUGCCUAUAGCAUACAUGGACAGUUGGAAUGGCAUUCAAGAACGUAUGCAUUUACCGAAGCUCCUCUCCCACCUUUAUCUGUUGCUGUCAGACUACAGAGUGACACAGAAAUGUGGAGUCCAAGGGUGGACACAUUGUCGAGUGCCGAAAUGGAGAAGAAGCAGAGAGAUCAGGACAGAAAUACGAGGAGAAUGAGACGAUUAGCUCAAGCUGCACCCACUUGGUAG